GCUAUGAGAGGAGGGAUCCGAAACCAUCACCCGCCACCUCCUCCAAAAAGUUACUUUCCAUUACAUCAAAGAUCAGCACUUUCAAGAUCUUGCAUGUUUAAUCGUGGGCGUCUCGUAAGGGAAAUUAGUUGCAAUUCGAUGUUUUGCGUGGAGUGAUGACCAUAAUCAAAAAGUAGGUCUAAUGACGCAUUUCAUUUACUCAAUAGGGUUUGCAGGGAACAGGCUCGCUCUUGCAGCAUAUCCCACGUUCUCCAUGACCAAAAGCAGGCUGAGUUCUCUCGAAUUGACAGAUAAAACGUGACAUUUAUCUGACGGACCUGAUUCAAGAAAUUAACUUCAAAUAAUUUUGCGCACGAUAACAGAGGCUACAUAACCCAAAAUAUUAUGAUGCUGUACUUUGUGUUACUUUUCCUACCGUAUGUCCUCAGUGCACGGACGCGAAUGGUACUCCCAAGAUAUGAAACGUUUAGUGCAAGAAAUGUGAACAGAGAUAGUCAUAAAGUCCUUACAGUAGAUGGGAAAGAAUGUAAAUUCCCAUUCCUUCAUGGAGGAAGCAUUCACCACCACUGUAUCACCAUCAGCUUCUCCAGCUCUUGGUGUUCUCUGACGCACAACUUCGAUCGGGACUUUCUCUGGGGACACUGUGCUCCUGGGAACACUCAGCCCAUUGUGUUCGUCCACUCAUCACGCAGAUUCACAGACCCUUGUCAGGUGAAUCCAUGUCAAAAUGGCGGCAUCUGCACUCUGGUACCCCGCAGACGCUCCUUCGAGUGCUCCUGUCCAGAGAGCUUCACUGGGAGGCACUGUGAUCAGAGGAAGUGCUAUGAAACCAUACACCUGAGAUAUUACGACAUUGGAAAAUCAUGGGGAAGGAUCUACCUUCGUAACGUGGAACGGUGCACAUGUGUGGACGGGGAGAUCUCCUGUGAGAGAGUCCGCUAUACUGUCUGCAGUGAGAACCCCUGUGAGAACGAUGGUACGUGCCGACUCAUCACAGCCACCAGGGAGGAGGUGUGUGCCUGCAGGCCUGGCUACAGUGGACCCUACUGUAGCAUUGCUCCGGAGGUGGAGUGCUAUGACAACAAGGGCACAGACUACUGUGGCGUGGUGGGCACCACCGUCUCUGGUGCCCGCUUUCUGCCGUGGAGAGCGCCCCCCUCAGGGGCUUGGGGAAAACCUCCUACUGCAGCUUCUUUGCGGAGAGUGGUACCAUUGCCACAGCUGCCACCGCCACCUAAUGUCCUUCCUGACACCAACCAAACCAACCACACCAAGCCAGACAAGAAGCCUGUGUGCGGAAAGAGGAACAAUAAGAAGAUAUCGGUGGCCAGGGGUCGUAUCCUGGGUGGCAACUCUGCCCUGCCCGGUACCCAUCCCUGGAUGGCAGCCCUCUACAUAGGAGAUGACAUCUUCUGUGCGGGUACCCUGGUCUCGUCCUGCUGGGUGGUCUCUGCUGCCCACUGCUUCUUCCGCAGUCCCCUUGUGUCAAAGAUUCGUGUGAUUCUGGGUCAGCAUAAGUUCAACGUUACGACUCCUGACACCAAAACCUUUGGAGUGGAGAAGUACAUCUUUCCAGAGCGUUUCUCUGUUUUCAAUCCAACUCUCCAUGACAUUGUUCUUGUGAAACUGAAAAAACAAGAUGGCCGCUGUGUAAAAAAGACCCAGUUUAUACGGCCAAUCUGCCUGCCCAAUAAAGACAUGACCUUCCCGGACCAAUACUGCUGUCAGAUUACUGGCUGGGGCCACAUGCAUGAGAAGGCAAAUAAAUACACCAACCUGCAGGAGGCCGGGGUGAGGAUCGUCCCGUUUGAGAGGUGUAUCCUGCCUGAAGUCUACGGCAACCAUGUGACCUCCAACAUGGUCUGUGCCGGGACCAACCGAUGUGCGGAUGCCUGCCAGGGUGACUCAGGAGGCCCCCUGGCUUGUGUGAAGGAUGAUGUCAGCUUCCUGUAUGGAGUUAUCAGCUGGGGCGAUGGCUGUGGAAAGACUGGGAAGCCUGGCGUCUACACCAAAGUCGUUAACUACGUGAACUGGAUCAACACAAUUAUCAAGCGCAAGCCCAAGUCUAAAUAAAUGGACAUUACAGCUGGUAUUUUUUAUAUGUACUAUGUGUACAUACUGUGGAAGAAUAGUGAUAUUUACACAACUGUGAAAUAAAUAUUAUUUUGUGACUGAAUAAACAUUUUAAAUGUUGUUAAACGUGUAUGUCCACCUGUCUUGAAAAAUCGUAAUUUGAUGAAGGGUUCCCUGUAACUAU